AUGUCGACAUUCAAAAUCCCGAAAUAUUAUAGCAACAAAAAAGAAAGUCCACGUUCUCGGAAGCCACGAAAGCGUGAAGUAGCCGAAGAAGAAAAGCGACCUCGCACCGCAUUCACCCCCGGUCAGCUGGAUCGGCUGAAGAAGCAAUUCCUCGAUAACAGAUACCUGACUGAAAAGCGACGGCAAGAACUCGCACAUGAACUUGGCCUCAACGAAUCUCAGAUCAAAAUAUGGUUCCAGGAUAUCGUUAUGGGACAUCGUUGGGGGAGAGAGUACGAUCAGGUACUGUAGGG